GCGGAAUAUUUUGAGCUGAUUCAGUUGUGAAUUUUACUCAAUAUUUUACAGUUUAUUGGACAGUGGCUUUGCGCUGUGCACUGAGAAAAUGAAGAUUGCAGUCGGAUUUAUCGUCUUGGUGACAUUCUGUGGUGUUCUCUAUGCCCAGAGUCACCAUAUGCAGUGGGGAAAUGUUAGUCACUACGACCAAUUGCUUCAUCGUGAGUUUGUGAGGAAGAGUAAGUCCUGGUUACAAACGGUUACCAAGGAAGUCUCAUGGCCAAAUGCAACAAAUAUCCAGGCAAGGAACCGCACAAUCACAUGCAUUAUAGCACACGAUCAAUAUGUGAAUGGAAAGGGUGGAUAUGCAACACUCAGGGCUGGCGGUGUCGGAUUCAACCACACAGCUGUUCGCUUCAAGUCGCAGAGAUCUGAGGGCUUUGACUUCAUUUUCGAAAUUUAUGGACGCUAAUUGGUCAGAUCCGGUGAUGAGAGAGAGAGGAAUUGGUUCAUCUGUGGCACCUCAAAGGCGUCUCAAAUGGUGCAGAAAUUGUGUGUGUGUGUAAUUAUUUAUUGGUCCGAAGAUUCACUGUUCAACCACGAAGAAGUGGCUUUGAGAUCAACAAUAAUUGUUGUUGGCUAAUUAAAUAAUUUAUUCAGUUGAACAAAUGUGCGUACAUGUAUUCUAUUAUCUGUGCAGCAAGCAACAAAGGAGCAAUUUUCGAUGGAAACCAAUCAAUUCGACUAUUAUGGCUGAAUAAUUAAAUUAAUUCUAUAUGUUUAUUAAAUAGAUAUCAAAGUCUUAUUCAGUUAAGAGUGAAUCAGUUUGGACAAAUAAAUUCAUUGAAAUCCAA